UGCAGUCAGAAGGGACACAAACACAGAGAGACCAGAAGGUCCCCUGCCCCCUCCUCACCUCACUGACCCAUGAAAGAAGCCAUGCCGGUCCUCACAGCAGGAGCGGGGCUACACGAAACGUUGGCCCUGCUGACCUCUCAGCUGCGUCCCGAUGCCAAUCACAAAGAGGACAUGGUCUUCCUCAAAGAUGUCUUCAGUGAAAGGAGCUUGGGAUACCUAAUGAAGAUUCAUGAGAAGCUGAGACAGUAUGAGAGACAGAGUCCAACACCCGUCCUCCACAGUGCCUCUUCUCUGGCAGAGGAUGUGGCAGAGGAACUGCAGAGUGGACCAAUGAGUACAGAGGAGAAGGAGCUGUUGCACCUACUGACGUCACCACAUCUCAAGGCCGUUCUCUCGGUGCAUGACACUGUGGCUCAGAAGAACUUUGACCCCGUGCUGCCACCACUGCCGGAUGACUUCGAGGACGAGCUGGAGGAAGAGUCAGUGAAGAUUGUGAGGCUGGUGAAAAACAAGGAGCCUCUGGGAGCCACUAUCAGGCGGGAUGACGCCACUGGGAUGGUGAUUGUGGCUCGGAUCAUGAGAGGAGGUGCAGCUGACAGAAGUGGUUUGGUCCAUGUAGGAGAUGAACUCAGGGAGGUCAACGGAGUCUCUGUGAUCAACAAGAGGCCUGAUGAGAUCAGUCAGCUGCUGUCCCAGUCCCAGGGCUCCAUCACUCUAAAGAUAAUACCUGCUAUUAAAGAAGAGGACCGGCUGAAAGAGAGCAAGGUGUAUAUGAGAGCGCUAUUCGACUACAUCCCAUUGGAAGACAAGGCGACGCCAUGCCAGGAAGCUGGACUUCCCUUUAAGCGGGGUGACAUCCUGCAGGUUGUGACCCAAGACGAUCCCACAUGGUGGCAGGCCAAGCGUGUGGGAGACAGCAACCUGCGAGCUGGACUUGUUCCCUCCAAACAGUUCCAGGAGAGGCGACUGGCCUACAGGAUGAAAAUGGGCACGCUCCCGAAUCCAAAAUCCCCUAAAAAGCCUGUCUAUGACCAAGGAUGUGAUAAAGAUCUCUCCAUCAAGCCUUCGUUAGUGGCUGUUGCCUUCAUUAUCUCGUGGCUGCCCCUCCACUCUCGCCUCCUGCUGUCUGCCUGCCUGCUGCCUGUCGCCUGCCCUCUCCAGCGCCCAUGGCCCGCCCCCCCCUCUUUAACUCUCCCACUUCCCUUACUCCUUAACUCUUCCAGGUCUCUUACCCUGUGCUUACCCCCUCUUUUCCCUGCUUGCCUCCCUACAGAGGACUGUGACUGUGAGGGCUAUUUCAAUGGACAGUACAUAGUCUCUCCUAAGUGUAAAGCAGUGGCGCCCUCCUGUGGCCAGGUGUUUUCCUGGGAAUUUUAUUCAGCUGGUUUACGGAGGAGUUUUCGGCUGAGUCGUAAGGACAGGCAAGGCUCCGCCGGAGAGGGAUCUGAUCCUGGAGACCCUGACUUCCUGACUUAUGAAGAGGUGACCCGCUACCAGCAGAGGCCCCAUGAGAGACCCCGUCUGGUUGUCCUGAUUGGCUCUCUUGGAGCACGAAUCAAUGAACUCAAACAGCGGGUGAUUGCUGAAAACCCACAUCGUUUUGCAGUGGCUGUACCACAUACCACUAGACCCAAGAAGCCUCAUGAGAAGGAGGGUGUGGAGUACCACUUUGUCACCAAACAGCAGUUUGAUGCAGAUGCUUUGAACAACAAGUUUAUAGAGCAUGGGGAAUACAAGGAGAACCAGUACGGCACAAGUAUAGAGGCUAUCCGCUCUGUACAGGCCAAGAAUAAGAUGUGUGUCGUGGACGUGCAGCCUGAGGCCCUGAAGAGGCUGCGGACAGCAGAGUUCAAGCCCUACGUAAUAUUUGUCAAACCUCGUGUUCCUGAGAGCAGACGUCGCCGCAGUGCCGCCACCUCACCAGGAGGGGGAGAGCAUGGCCGCAUUACAGAUGAAGACCUCCAGGAGAUGCGUCAGUCUGCCAUUCAGAUUGAUCAGCAAUAUGGACACCUGGUGGACCGGGUCCUGAUCAAGGAGGACUCAGCCAGUGCCUGUGCAGAACUGCGAGGUAUCUUGGAAAGGCUGGAGCGAGAAUCCUUCUGGGUGCCAGUGAGCUGGGUGCGGACCUAAACUUGAAAGUAUAGUCUUGCGGACCUAAACUUAAACUCAAACCCCCUGCAUCCUCCAGAAGAACUUCCCAACCAACCCACCCAAGUCCUGCACCAGUCCUUUCCUAAUGAACUGACCCCCCCUAUCCCCACCCCCACAAAGGCCUGCUGGCCAGCCUGGGAGUCUGCUGAACUCCCUCUAUGUGACUGAUGCAGGGCUGGUCAGACAGCCAUAAACUGAGGCACCAAAGGGAGAGGAUGAUGUCAGAGGAAUACCUCAUUGUCUUGGGUGUUGCAGCAGAUGGACAGUUGUCUUGGCCCAAGGCCGUUUAAAUGCCCAAAAUCACAGUCUUACUGUCAAUUCCUCAAGUCAUAUUUAUUCAGGUUUGGUUUUAAUUUAUUUAUUAAUGUCAAAGGCAAGGGACAGAUGAACGUUUGUAGUUUCAGAAGUGUUUUAUUCCACACACUGUCACUCUUUCUAGCUGCAAUAUUCACUAGAGUGUGUCAGGUUUGGGAUCCCACUCAGAGGAUUGCUCAGUCAGUCAGCUUUAUUGUGACUCUUGUUGGAGUACUUUAGUAGCAUGUUUUUUAAGUUUUCCAGUUUUAUUCAACUCAAUGCCAAUCGCAGAAUGCUUCCUGUUAAUUCUUACUGCUCAUGCAUCCUGUACAGUAUAAAGAACCAAUCUUACAUUCAACAGGAGUAAUUGAUAUAUACAGUUAAGUGAAUGCCAUUUGAAAUUGUUCGUUUUUGCUAAAACCAUAAAUCUAAUUUCCACACAUUGACAAAAUGAUAUCCAAAUGGAAUGUGAAAAUUUUAUUUUCUACAGAACUGUUUGUUUUUAGGAAAUGCAUGACUAUUUAAUCUCAAAUGUAAAUAUUGUAAAUGUUACUCCUUGUGUGCCAACGAAAGAUCUCGUAGCACUAAUGCAACCUGUUUACUGUCGACCCCUGGGAACCCACAUCUGUUUGUGUGUAGGAUAAUGCUGUGCACAAAGAGUGUGUGGAUGGUUGUCACAAUGUAUGUUCACAUACACCAACCAGAGAUGCUCCACUUACGUGCAGGAAUGGAUUUUGUACUGUACAGUACAGUUUCCUUGAACAUAUCUGUAUUUUUGACUGCAGAAGAAGUGAUGGGGACUAGAUGUCUGUUUUCUUCAGGGUUUUGUUUUAUUGAUGUCUUGUCAGACUAGAGAUACAGUGUUGAGAUGGGAAAUACAAUAUCCAUUAAAAAACAAUGAGUUGAUACAUUUAUCAACAGAAAAUGAAUCAACAAAUAUUUUGAUAAUAUUUUAUUAGUCAAAAAUGUUCCUUGGUUACAGCUUCUCAACUUCAAGGAUUUCUUUUCUUUUUAUUGUUGGACAAACAAUCUGACCCCACUUUGAAUUUUAAAAUUUUAACAGAUAUUUCUCACAAUUUGUUUUUGACAUUUUCUAGAAAAUCAAUUAAACAAGAAAAUCACUGUUAGUUUAAAUUUCAAAUUAAAGGCCUGAGAUCAUACAGGUAUAAAUUUGAUGUCAUCCUAACAUUAACAAUGUUAGGAUGACAGUCUUUGAACCAAAAAUAUUUUGGUUCAAAGGCUGGUGCACAUUUCUUUUCCAAUUGGUCUUGAAGAAUUCUAGCAAUCCCAGUAUUUUCUUGGUAGUUGUAAUUGUUCAUUUUCUCUCUGCUAGUUUUGAAAACAUCCCUUCCUUCCAACACAAUAUUAAUAAAAGUGACAGAAAAUCCACAAUCCUCAUUUUAAGUAAAACUGCAAACGUUUAGCCUAACACACAAAUACCCAGUCUCAUUUAGAAGCUGGGAUGCAGAGCCUUGCAGAGGUGAGAAAUGAUGGACUUGAAUCUGGCCAGGAGGCACAGACCUGAUUGACACUGAUUUUACAGCUGAUUGCUAUUAAGAAGUUAACAUUAAUGUACAAGUUGUCAAAACAAAACUUAGUGUCUUAACUAAUGUAACUAAAUGUUAGUAGCCUUCUACUGCUGAUUGAAACCAAGUGGCAACAUCCAUGGUUGGGAAAUAAAGCCAAUGCAGAAGUGCCAUAACUGUAAUUCCUACCACUUGAGGCUGGCUACAGGACAAGCCAAUCUCCAUAAGCCCCCAUAUUAUAAUGUCCUACUUUAUAGCAAAAUAUGUUUACAGCCUGGUCUCUAUAGCUAAUACCCCACUCAUCAACUGUACUGAGUGUGAUUUUUUUUAACUCAAGCGUUCAAAAUGAUAUAAGUGUCAAAGUUACACAUAAUUAACAGCAGAUAAUAAACAGUGGGAGCUGUUACAGGUGGCUUGUUUUAGCACCCAGACAUCAAUCGGUCCACCUCAGGUCCACUAAUGAUCCACACCUUUGCCAAUUUUUAUAUUAGCCAGGAAGCAAAAGAAGUAGCACGGCGAACAUGGCGGCGGCUAGUGCCACAUAUUCCAAGCUUCAAAAUGCCAUUUUGGGAACCUAUGGGUGAUGUGACACAUACGCUGUAUGCUGAAGACCUCUAGGCCAAACUAGUUUACAGUAGAGCUGUGAAAGUUUAAGUAAGCCAAAUCAAAUGGGUUCCAAAUGUUUCAAUGUUGCUGUCAUUCUGGUACAAAAUUGUCUGUUUUUGUUUCGAGUCACAGCUCAGCAAGGUAUGCUUUCAGACAAAAAGAAGGAAGUUAAAUGAAAAAGAAAAGUUGGAAGAGAAUCACUUUAGCUUCUGGGUUUUUGUAUCCCAUUACUUAUACUGAAACACUUCAGGAAGUACAGAGAGGAGACAUGAUUACAGCGACCAAGAGCUUUAAGGUACUUAUUGUAAGCAUUAGACUUGGAAAAAAAAAACAUUAUUGACAAAACCAAUGAUCUAUAUUGAUUGACAAUUUUUUGGAUACACUGUCACCAUGACACUGGCAUUUUCUUGAGUGUGUGUUAAAUUAAGCAGCUUCCAGAUCUCUUUUGUUCUUUUUUAUUAAACAUACAAUGUUCUAUUGAUCUCUUCAUGUGCUAUAUGAACCAAGAAACCCUGAAUGUUGAGUUUGUAACGUGACAUGUACAAAGUGCCAUAAUAAAGCUAGCUGAAUCUAA